GAUACACUCUCGAGCAUACAAACCUACACUCAGACAACAUGCCUGCAGCAUCUUAUCAUCACAUUCUUUUAACCUACAAUUCUUAUAUAAUCUCCAAUUCUCCACCUCCACUAGCCCACCAUAAUUUGUCUAGAGCUUCUUUUUUGGUGCUUACAAAUAGCAUGCCUUAAUUAGUCAUGUAUAUUUGCUUUUUAAAUUUUAAAUUAGUAGAAUUUUCCAAAUAUUUAUUAAAGAAAAAAAUAUCUAGAAAAAAAUCCUGACAGAACAUAAUUCAGUUAAAAUUAACAUGAAUCCAAAGUAUUAAACAACAAAAUAUUGAAUUGAAGCUCUAGAUCUAAAGCAUAUAUUGGAGCCAUGUCUUUUAUUGGUACCCAACAAAAAUGCAAGGCUUGCGAAAAGACUGUUUACCCAGUGGAACUUGUAUCAGUUGAUGGGGUUCCUUUCCAUAAAUCUUGCUUCAAAUGCAGCCAUUGCAAAGGGACAUUAAAGUGGGGUAAUUACUCAUCAAUGGAAGGUGUUCUUUAUUGCAAGCCUCAUUUCGAGCAGCUAUUCAAGGAGGCGGGUAACUACAACAAGAAUUUUCAGUCACCUGCCAAGUCAGCCGAGAAGUUAACUCAACUGACAAGAUCGCCUAGCAAAGCGGCUGGCAUGUUUUCCGGGACACAAGACAAAUGUGCUACCUGUGGGAAAACUGCUUAUCCACUCGAGAAGGUAACAGUGGAAGGUCAAUCUUACCACAAAUCAUGUUUCAAGUGCUCUCAUGGUGGUUGCCCUAUAAGCCCUUCAAAUUAUGCAGCACUUGAGGGCAUUUUGUAUUGUAAGCAUCACUUUUCCCAGCUUUUCAAAGAGAAAGGAAGCUACAAUCAUUUGAUCAAGUCCGCAUCGAUUAAGCGCACAGCCACCUCUGUUCCAGAAGCUUCAUAGAAAUCCCUUUUUUUCAUGUUUUUCUUUCUGUUCUUGUGUUUGCUGGAUUUUUUUCCUUAUGAAUCCUUUGAUUUAUGUUUAUGAACAAAAAAGGGGAAGAAAAAACUUGAAUUUCCUCUAUGGCUUAUUCACCUGCAGAUAUGUAAUGGCAUUUUAUUGAUGGAUGGAUAUGCAAUCUCCAAAUUAGAAUUUGUAAAAAAAACCCUUGCUUUGUUUGCAUGAUACUACAUGUUGAUGUACUUUUGAUGUUUGCCUUGCUUUAAA